AUGACAGGUAUCCUCAGAAGUCAGCAGAGGGCACUGGAUCCCCUGGAAGUAACAGAUGAUUAUAAGGCAGCAUGCAAAAAUCCCGUCCUUCAAUGCAUGGGUAACAGAGGCUUCUGUAGGUCCACCUGCAAGAAGGAUGAGCAGCCUUACUUCUAUUGCCGAACUUAUCAGACAUGCUGCCUCCAGCCCUACGUGCGGAUCAGCCUUGCCAGCGCAGAGGACACCACCAACUGGUCUUAUGAGAAACACUGGCCAAAAAUACCAUGAAUGCUGGCGAACGCCACACACAAGCUUCCAGGGACGCCCUCUCUGCUCUUCACCUCCUUAUUAAAGUUCAUGCACUUGC